AAAUAAAUAUCUCUGCAAAUUGUUGUUGCCUAGUCGUUGUUUUCUUGUUUUUAUUUUGCAUUGUUAUUUUCUUCUCCUGACUUUUAUUUUCCGAAUACUGCAAGAGAGCAGUCAAGAAAACCCAGAACGAAAAAUAAGAAAAUUGUACAAUUACUUAAACGACCGGCAUCGCAGGAGAAGAUGAUGUAUUUACCACUACUAUACGUUUGUACAGGAGCUUUGAACGUUCUACUAUUAAAAUGGAGUGACACCUUGGAAGGCGAAUGCAGCGAUGGAAAAUGGCGUCGUUUCCAACAUCCAGUGGUUCAAACUGCCCUCAUGUUCUUAGGACAAUUUCUUUGCUUCGUCUUUUACAAAGCUGCAUAUUUUUUUCUUCAACGGCGCGGUACGGGUGCUGAAGGUGAAAAUGUGUUAACACGAGGCGGACGUGAAUUCUCACCGCUGCAAUUGUUUUUGCCAGCUGCAUUGGAUGUAAUAGCUUCUGUUAUAUUGUUAACAGGGCUCUAUUUAACAUAUGUGUCCAGCUUUCAAAUGCUAAGGGUUUCCGCUCUAAUAUUUGUUGGAAUAUUUGGUGCCAUACAUCUUAAUCAAACUUUGACUGCACGUCACUGGAUGGCUAUGUUCACCAUCAGUUGCGGUAUCUUGGUAAUAGUAUCUAUUGAUGUACAACGCGUCGCAUAUGAUCGCAUUUUAUUACCAAACUGGGAUAGCAAUGCAGUAUUAACCGGUAAUUUACUCGUACUUUUCGCACAAAUUUUCCACGCUGCUAAAUUUGUGUAUGAUGAAAAGUGUCUUAAAGGAACGGAUAUACCGACCUUGUUGGCUACAGGUUGGCAAGGCAUCUUCGGUCUCUUAAUCACUGUUUUGCUGGGCGUAUGUCUAAAUUUCUUACCAUCACCAGUACCACUUAACCAUAACAGCCGAGGCGUUUUCGACGAUCUUGGCGAUAUUAUACCGCAACUCCGCAGUAAUCCAACAUUAUGGGCGCCUUUAAUAAUUUUUGUGAUCUCCAGUGCUUGUUAUAAUUUUGCUUCAUUAACGAUUGUGAAGUAUUCAUCAUCAGCGAAUCGACUACUGGCCGAUGGCUUACGUGUGCUACUCAUUUGGUGGAUGGCCUUCAUGUUGGAAUGGGAAUGGUUCAAUCUAAUAACAUUAAUGGGCUUCAUAAUACUGGAAAUGGGCACAAUUGCUUAUCGAAAUGCGAUAUUUAUUGAAUGGUACAGAUCGCUAAUAGCUCGUUUGAUGCGUGGACGAUAUGCAGACCUAAGCAAUGAAACAGUCAAUGACAGCGCAGAACCUGGUGUAUCGACGAACCGUCCUGCGGAUGUUAUUUAAAUGACCGCAACUGAUAUAGCGAGUAACGCAUUGUUGUGAUAUGCCGAUGUAAGAGAGUAAACAUUUCAAGAAUUUAUAGUUAAAAGCACGAAGGAGAGCGAAACUGACAUGACUACUGACAAACAUAUACACAUACAUAUAUAUGUAUAUAUAUAGAAUAAUAAUAAUUUUUGCAGUUUAUUUAACAAUAUUUGAAAUUCUUCUGCUUAUUUACUUAUAUACAAAUUUAUUUAAUUUACUUAGUGUGACAACCUAACGUACGAUGAGACAAUAACUGAAACAUCUUCUACCCCCUGAAAUCCUUUAAUAACAUUUACAUAUAAAGCUUCGUGAAAAAUUCUAGUUUUCUACCUAGUUUUAUGUAGUUAUUAAAAAUUGCACUACGUGCUCAAGUUGUUGGUGUCACAGCUAAAUUAUAUGAAAUAUUUAAUAUGUAAAAAAUGUAACUGAUUUAUCUGACUGUUGGAGAGAGAAAUUAGGCGAUAUUUGACUAAAAAUAAGUAAAUUACUAAUUAUUUGAAAAUAAACUUAUUGAGAAGAAUGGUAGAUAAA